UAGCUUCAUUCCUGGCAGUGCUAGAGGAUCAGGCAGGGCUAGGGCUCACACCUAUGGCUCAGUAACUUUCAUUGAAACUUUAAUGUUUAUGGUUCUAGGCUGUGCACCUUCUCCAAGUGCUUAUGAUGUGAAAACUUCAGAAGCUGUAAAAGGACCAGUAUCUUUUCAGAAAUCACAAAGAUUUAAAAAGCAAACUGGCUGUGCACCUUCUCCAAGUGCUUAUGAUGUGAAAACUUCAGAAGCUGUGAAAGGACCAGUAUCUUUUCAGAAAUCACAAAGAUUUAAAAAGCAAACUGAAUCUCAAGAAAAUCUUAAUUGCAGCUGUGAUGGUACUGUGCUUGCUUCAGGAAUAAGAGCUAAGCCUUUAAGACCAAAAAAGUCUCAAAAAAAUGACAAAGGCUUGAAAUUGAAAAAAGAGUUAUCCGAAAAUGGCCAGAGGAACCAGGAAGUUCGAAACUGUGAGCUGCUGAAACACAGCCAAAGAGAAACCAAGAUGAAGAACGUGAUGGCCAAACAGGAGGGCAUGGAGAUGAAGCUUCGGGUUACCCAGGAGACUUUUGAAGAGAACCAGGGGAAAGUCACACAACUGGAGGGGAAACUGUUGGUCGACUUGCCUCCAAGGAGUUGUGCAUCAGAACAGUUGAAAAAGUAUAAGCUAGAGAUAGCUCAAUUAGAAGAAACUCUGAAAGAGAAGAUUCAAGAAGUGUUAAGCCUUCAGCAGUCUCAAGAGGAAAGUGCUAUGUUGUCAAAAGAAGUGCAAGACUUGAGUACUAAGUGUCAACUGCUUGAGAAAGAAAAAGAGGAUCUUGUCCAUGAGUAUAAAGAACGAGAAGAAAAUCUAUGUUCUGAAAUGCAAAAUUUGAAGGAGAAACUUAUUCUUGAAAAACAAGAACAAGAAAAACUGCGACAAAAAGAUUUGCAAGUGGAUUCCCUCCUGCAACAAGAGAAGGAAUUGUCCUCUAGUCUUCAGCAGAAAUUAUGCUGUUUUCAAGAGGAAAUGACUAAAGAAAGGAAUGUCUUUGAGGAAGAAUUAAAAAAAGCCCUGGAAGAGCUGGAUAUGUUACAGGGAAAAGAACAACAAGCUGAAAAGCUGGUCAAGGAACUGGAAGAGGAAGUAAGAUCUAGAGCAGAAGAACUCAAACUUCUAGAAGAAAGGCUGAAAGGGAAAGAAGCUGAACUGGAAAAGAGGGAAUCUGCUCAUACACAGGCUACUCAGCUCCUGCAAGAGAAGCACAGCGUUGCAAUGCAGAAGCUUGGUGACAUGAUGGCUGAGUUUGAAAGCUAUAAGGCAUUAACAACAAGUGAGAUCAAAGAUCUGAAGGUAGAAAACUCAUCACUGCAGGAAAAAGUGGCUAUGGCUGAGAAAUCUACAGAGGAUGCUCGAUCUGAGAUGAUGACCGCCAAGAGUACAAAUGAAGAGUAUGCCAGGAGCCUUCUAGACUUGCAGAACAAAUGUGCACUUCAGGAGGCAGAAAUUAAGCAAAUCAAAGCUUUAUCUCUUGAAGAAGUAACUGAUUUGCGGAACCAACUCAAGCAUCAAAGUGAUGACUUUCAGAAACAACUAGAAGAUGCUGAGAGGAAAGCUGAAAAAGAAAGUGUCCUAGCAGAAUUGACUGAGGAAAUGAAUAAGUGGCGGCUCCUUUAUGAAGAACUGUAUAAUAAAACAAAACCCUUUCAGUUACAACUGGAUGCAUUUGAAGCAGAAAGACAGGCUCUGUUGAAUGAACAUGGCGAAGCUCAGGAACAACUAAACAAUCUAAGAGAUUCAUAUGCAAAAUUAUUGGGACAUCAGAAUCUAAAGCAAAAAAUCAAGCAUGUUGUGAAACUGAAAGAUGAAAACAGCGAGCUCAAAACGGAAUUGUCAAAAGUUCGCUCUCAACUUGCUAAAAAAAAGCAAAGUGAGGCAAAGCUUCAGGAAGAAUUGAAUAAAGUUCUGGGCAUCAAACGCUUUGAUCCCUCUAAGGCUUUCAGUCAUGAAAAGAAAGAAAAAUUUGUUCUUAAAACUCCCUUAAAAGAAGCCAAUGCAAACUGCUGCUGAGCUUCUGUGGAGUUCCCAGGAUCAAGCAAGUAAACCUCUGAAGAUCCUGCCGAAGAUGUUUUUAUUCUUAUUUCAUUGUACUUUUGUUGCAGUUAAUAUUCUCAUAUUGUGUGCCAUGUUAACUUCCUGUUCUUAAAUAUGUGAGAGGAAGUCCCAUAUUUACCACUGUGUCUUCUAAUGUAUUACUUCCUUGAUUUUCACCUUUAUCUUCCUGUACUACAUUUUCAGUUGACUGUCACACUAUAAAGUGUAUUUGUAAAGAUGACUUUCUUGACAAAACUAA